CCAGCUUCAGCUUCACAGUUGACAAAGCUCUCUUAGUGAAAAUGUCGCUGCCAAAGUUCUUGAGUUUUCAUCUCAUUAUAUUGCUGUCUGCAUUUACUGGAGCAGCUAAUGGAUAUUAUUACUACAGAUGGGCAGAAUGCAUCUACAGCUCCUCUAAUUACAGUGACAUGGUGCUCAUUGAUGGGUAUUACUUCAAUAAGUUUGUGUACUCACAGUUCAACAGCACUGUGGGGGAGUUUGUAGGGUUUACUGAGUAUGGAGUGAGAAAUGCAGAGUUCUGGAACAAGAAUACAGACCUCAUGCAGCGAGAGAGAGCUCAGGUGGACAGAUUCUGCAAAUAUAAUGCUGAACUCUCGGACUCAGCUGUCCGUGAUAAAACAGUAAAACCGAAUAUUAAGGUCAGUUCAGUGAAGGAAUAUGAUGGCACACAUCCAGCUAUGCUGAUGUGUAGUGCUUACCGCUUCUACCCCCAAAAAAUCAAAGUGACCUGGUUAAAAAACAAUGUAGCCGUGACCACCGAUGUGACCUCAACUGAGGAGAUGCCUAAUGGAGACUGGUACUAUCAGAUCCACUCACACCUGGAGUACACCCCCAAAUCUGGAGAGAAGAUCUCAUGUGUGGUAGAGCACGCCAGCUCGACUCAACCCAUGAUUGUGGACUGGAAUCCCGCUAUCCAGGAGUCUGAGAGAAAUAAGAUUGCUAUCGGGGCUUCUGGUUUGGUGUUGGGAAUCAUCAUAGCAGCUGCUGGACUCAUUUACUACAAGAAGAAAUCAUCAGGGAGGAUCCUGGUGCCACAUUAAUGACGGUCCUCUCACUGACUAAACAGAGAUUCAACUUGGACCGUUGGUGAAGAAGCUUUUUAUGACACAACUUCUAUGCACAGACUCUUUAUUCUGUACCAGAUUUCUCAUUUUUAACAAAAUAAAUAAUGAAAAUGUAAAAAUCAUCAUAUUUGAAAUAUCUAACUUUUGUUUAAGGCUUUUUGCUGGUAUGGUGAUGUUCUUCAUUUAGCACAACCAUUUAUACAACUGAUGAUGUAUAUUGUGUUUAAAAUAUAAAGUUGUAUGUAUAUUACGGUCUUGCUGGCUUCUUUACGUUUUAUACUGAUUGGUUUGCAUAAAACCCAAAAGAGAUUUAUAAUGCAUCAAUGGUAAUUAUUUCAGAUUAGAACAGUAACAGGCUAAGAGUAUGAUCAUAUGUAUGAUACAUCCUAAGAGGUACAUUUGUACACACUGAUGACGAUUUAACAAUACAAGGGCUUUUCUUUUUCCAUAUUGUUUCCUGUUUCUUAUGUACAUUUUAGCUGCAAAUAAAUAUUUUAAGUCUUAAA